AGGUCUCUUGCUUACUUUUGGACUUGGACAGGCCUAAUCUGUGAAGAUAAUUAAAGUUCCUCUACUGUGGAUGCUAGCCGCGGGCCCGGCCAUGUCCCCGCUGCCGGAGGCGGAGCUGGUGCGCAGCUCGCUGCAGCUGUACCGGUACCUGCUGCGCUGCUGCCGCCGCCUGCCCGCGGGGCCCGUCCAGCAGCACUACCGACACGCCAUCCGGCAGAGUUUCAAAGUCCAUGCUGAUGAAGAUGAUCCUGAGCGAAUCCAGCAGAUCAUUAAGAGAGCCAUUGAAGAUGCUGACUGGGUGAUGAAUAAAUAUAAAAACCAGAAGUAGAAGAAGAAGGAUGAAACCAAGGAGGACAUUGGUAAAUGCCCUUAGAGGACUUGCAGUCAAGCCCAGUACUAUAUUAGAAUUAUUGCCUGAAGUUUUCUCUUGGAUAAUAUAAGCACAAUCAUUUCACUGGGAUGUCAUGAAGCUAAAUUAA